AGAUGCCGAAGGGGCGGCGCGGCAGCCAGAGCCCCACGAUGAGCCAGCAGCCGGCCCCGUCCCUUUACUUCCCUUCCCUCUACGACCGCGGCAUCUCCUCGUCCCCUCUCAGCGACUUCAACAUCUGGAAGAAGCUCUUCGUGCCGCUGAAGGCGGGAGGGGCGCCGGCGGGCGGGGCGGCUGGAGGCCAGCCUCUGACCCAGGCGCUCCCGGCCCCAGCGCCCCUGCCGCCACCGCCGCCCGGCCUGGGUUCCCCCAGUGAGCGGCACUGUCCCCCGCCCUGGCCCUCCGGCCUGGCCUCCAUCCCCUACGAGCCUCUGCGCUUCUUCUACUCGCCACCGCCGGGGCCCGAGGUGGCUGCCUCGCCCCUGGCCCCCGGCCCCAUGACACCCCGGCUAGCCUCUGCCCCCCACCCCGAGGAGCUGUGCGAGCUGGAGAUCCGGAUUAAGGAGCUGGAGCUGCUCACCAUCACUGGGGACGGCUUCGACUCCCAGCGCUAUAAAUUCUUGAAGGCGCUGAAAGAUGAAAAGUUACGAGGCCUGAAGACGAGGCAGCCUGGAAAGAAGUCGGCCUCUCUCUCCUGAGGAGCUGCCCACCAGAGCCUAAGCAGCGGCCUCCUUAGGUGUUAGUUCUUAGAUAAUGUGCCCCGUUUGUUGUCAUUUCAAAGAUCGUUAUUUUUUGUUCUGUAUUUACUGCUGUUCUCGUUGCUCCCAGCACAUACUCUACAUACAGUGUCCACUUGAGUGGUAAA